AUGAAGGUGCUUAUGAAGGUUCUCUCACGAUGGGCAAUCACGAUGGUCAUCAUCAUCUCGAUCUACGUCGUCAUUUGGGCAUAUUCCAACAAGACGGUUAUGACACAAACUACGAAGCGACAGUAUAACGCCCUCAUCACCGGUCUCUCAAUUGCGCUGGGUCUCGCGGUAGCGAGCAGUCUCAACCACAUGGUGGCCGAGCUGAGAUGGUGGAUCUUGAGCCGUCGAUACAGGUCGAAGAGGAAGGUGGAAUUGAUAUUGCAAGCCGACAACCUGAAGCACACCAUUGCGUUGGCGGCGAGGUCAAAACGAUGGUCAAUUCAUCUUGCUGCUGUUGGAUGGCUCAUCUUGACGAUUGGCUCUCAAAUAGGUCUCGCAGCCAUUGGUCUCUGCUACUCGACAGAUACAGCCGACAAACGAGCUCUCCUAGUCCCAGGCAACGUCUCUAUAGCCAACAUGGCAUCUAUCGAAACGGAACGAGUCGUCAAGUCCAAGACCCAAGCCUUAGGUGCUUUGCAGUACACAGCGAACAGCUACGGAACAAUUUCUCUAGCUUACAACACGGCGGAUAUAUCAGCAGCCCCGCCGGCCAGAGCGAUCCACGUCCCAAGCGAUCCCCUCAUGUUCUGCACAGAUACGCUGUGCAAAUACGUCUUUUACGAAACCUCCACCGCGUCCAUCAAGGAUCCUGACGCCAACCCAGUCACCGUCGCAACAGACCGGAGCGUCAACGCCACGACUAAAUGCACAGCUUGGCCCGUUAUAGGCGGCGGCAACGGCACAUCUACGAACGUAACGGUAGCACUCGAAAACAACCAGUCAUGGGACAUCUUCAUCCCGAAUCGAGGCGGAACCGACCAGACGACUUUCAUGACCUACAGCCAAUUCGAUUGCGGCGAAGGAUGCUCCAUGGUCAUGGCAUUCGAGGCAUCGGAUACCUCACCUUGGUACUACAGCUGCAAUGUCACUAUGGGUCAAGUCGUGAACGCUACACGUGCCGAGCACCAUAUCGGUUCCAACCUCACGUCUCUCGCCUCGGCCAGUAUCGCACUCCAGGGAUACGCCGCUUCGUCUUUUGUCAACGACACCAACUUUCAGUACCAGAUGUAUCCUUCCGAGUCGGUGUUCGGCACGCCUAUGAACGGUACUACCGCGGACAUGGAGGCAAUGCUGUCGCGGUUUGCUAUCGGGGUGGUCGCAAUCACCGCCGACAGCAACACAGAUCUCGUUAUCGAGGGGACCAUGCCCAUGAAAGGCACGAAGCUCAAUGUCUCGCACUGGGGGCUGAUCAACAUGAUAUUGAUCCUCACGGCGACUCUCCAGCUCAUUCUCGGCAUCGCGGCUGCAUUGGUGGCUAACCGGGUGGUAGUGCCUGAUGGCGGUGCGGUGGAGAUGGCGCAGGUGAUGAGGACGAUGGCGAUUCGGGAUCGCACGACGACUGAACCCAGUGAGAAGGGUUCCACUGGUGAACCACGGUACAAGUCAUUAUGGAUAUAUCGGGAUACGCUGUUGUCCAAGGAAGGAGGGCUGUAUGAUCUGCAUAUGGAAGAGCAGCGUUAUCAUGCGAGGAGUGAGUCUGGAAUGAUUGAGAUGAGCCAGCAACGGCCAGGGACGGGCCGUGAGUCUACUGCACCGUCAACGCCGACGAAAUGA